AUGGCAAUCUGGUCCACCAAAUCCAUCAACCAUCCUGGAGGCCCAAUACAUCCAAUUCCCGUAGCAUAUGAAUACACUCCAAGCCGCGUUCUGUCUAGCGAUCGUAGAAAGAAGAAAAUGGGUGCAAAGGCUAAGAAGAAAGCAGCCGUGAAGUCUCUGGAGAAGGCCUCUACGCAGUUUUCUGUUUCCAAAGAUGCAACAGCUGAUUUCUUGCCACUGGAGGGUGGCCCGGCAAGGAACCUUCCAAGGACUGGAGAUAGAGAGAAUAAAGCAACAAUUUUGUAUAUUGGGAGAAUCCCCCAUGGUUUUUAUGAGGAUGAAAUGGAAGCUUUUUUUAAGCAGUUCGGUACAAUUAAGAGACUCAGAAUUGCGAGGAACAGGAAGACUGGGAAAUCAAAGCAUUUUGGAUUCAUUGAAUUCGAGUCUCCUGAGGUUGUAGCCAGAGUCGUCGAAGAAUGCAUGCAUAAUUAUCUAAUGUAUGAGCAUCUGCUACAAGUUCAACUUGUUCCUCCUGAACGAGUUCAUCCAAAAUUAUGGAAAGGUGUGAGCCGCUGGUACAAACCCUUGGAUUCGGUUCAAAUUGAGCGUAAGCGACAUGACAAGGAACGGACCCUAGAACAACAGCAGAAAUUAGUAGCAGGAAUAUUGCAAAGGGACAAAAAACGCCGAAAGCGGAUUGAGGCUGCUGGUAUUGAUUAUGACUGCCCAGAUAUUGUGGGUUGCGUCCAUGCUGCUCCAAAGAAGAUUAGGUUUGAUGCAGAACAAUGGAGCUUUUGA